CAAGUGUGAAAACGAGAGGCAGAAAAUAAAAGAGACAGACAGAAGAACAAUGGUUGAAUUCAGAUGGAUUAAAAUGUUUUUAUGUUUGAUACUAGUGCUUCAGUUUACAGCAGUAUCUGAACAACAUCACCUGUCUCUAAUUGUCAGUAAGGGAGAUGAAGUCACUUUGCCUUGUGAAAACGUGCAAAAUGAUCACCGUAAAUGUAACAGUACUGCCUGGCACUUCAGUGGUUGUCCUGGCAAAUCAGAAAGAAACUGGGUUAUGCAAGGGCAGAUUGUUACACCAAACACCAAAGGUAAAUCAGACAGACUGAGUGUUACAGAGAACUGUUCUCUGGUUAUAAAGAAUAUCACAGUCGAGGAUGUUGGUCGUUAUUACUGUCAACAGUUCAGAUCAGGACAACAACAAGGUCCAGACUCUCAGGUUUAUCUGUCUGUUGUUAACAUGACUGAACAUCAGGACACUGAUAAGGUGACGUUAAACUGCUCUGUGUCGACAUAUGAACACUGUCGACACACAGUGAAGUGGCUGUUUGGGGGUACAGAGGUUGAUAAACAUAACGAAGAGUUAAGGAUGGACCAGUCUUACUGCUGGGCCAGUGUGAUCUUUAAGACUUCUCAUUUUAUUCACAAGUCUCAGGAGUUAUUGAAGUGUAAAGUGACGGACAGCUACAAUGGAAAAGUGUACACCUUCAGCCCUCAGUCUUCAGUCAAGAAAACAGGAGCUAACAAAACAGCACCUGGAAACAACAAUGAAACCACAAAGCCACAAGAUUGGCUGUGGUUGUACAUCGCUGUGUCUGUGGGUUUAGCAGCACUCUUUAUAACUGUUGUGGCACUCAUUAGAUGGAAGAGAAAUAAAGGGAACAAAACACAAAUAGAUGAAAACAUGGGAGUGCGCUUAAACCCUGCAGUGACUGAGUUUGCUCCAGAAACCAAUCAAGACAUGGCUGAUCCUGAAGAUGGUGUUUCCUACACCUCCAUUUGCUUCACCGAGAAGACCAACAAGGAAAAAGUCCGGGUUCAUGGUGGUGAUGAUGCAGUGACAUACAGCAUUGUGAAAGCUCCUUCCUCUUCUGCUGGAGCCUCUGCUGACCCCAGAAACCUCUACGCCACCAUCAAAUAACCAAAAAAACAAAACAAAAAACAACAUAUUAUAGUUACAUUUAAUAUUGUUGCAUUUUGAUAGAUCAGUAGUUUAAGCUUUUUGGUCUGAAAACAAUGUCAGUUUUUAUUCCCAGAGUGAGUUUGGUGUGACUUUUAACAAGAAGGGUCUGGGUUGCUUUGUGGUACUGUAUUGAUUGUUGUGCAGAAAUUAUUUGUGCAAUCCAAAUCUUAGAGAGUAUUUUAUAUUUAAUCAUAUUUAUUUCUGAUACAGCUGAAGAAUUAAAUCCUACUGUUAUUUUCCAAUAAUAUAGUGUUGCAGUGUUAUUUAACCAAGUAUUCUCUUCUCAUUCCCAUUACUGCUAUAAAAAGCUUUUUGUCCAGAAAGCCAGAAGGGGGAGUAAUAGCCCUACAUUCAGAAGGCUGAUUGCCAUAUACAGAAAAUGUGAUUCACCUGUGGUUUUGUUAUGUGCAAUGAGACGAACAUUACUUCUCCCUGUAAUGUCAUGUAAUUAUCAUUAUUUACAAUCCCAUUUGGAAGUUUUAUUAAAACUCAUAUUCUAUCUCUA